AUGGAGCAAGCUUCUCUGAAUGAUCUAGGACAAGCAAUUAUUAACUUAUCAAAAAGUAAUCACUUUUAUGCACAGAUUGUAGAUUCGUCACUGCAAAGUAUUAAAGCUUUCAUCGUUCCAGGUCAAAAUUUUGAUCAAGUACCAAAUCCAAGUGAUCCAAAGAAUUUACCACCACAAAUAAGUCAGGCACAGACAAUACAGCCAAUGAUGCAACCAGUUCAAGGUCCAAUUUAUGGACAAAAUUUACUUGCACCAAUGAUGGGAAAUCAACCUUACAUGGCAGCUGCAACUGGAAAUAUCCCUUUUUUAUAUCAUCAGCAGCAAUAA